CUCUCUUUGUCAUCAGGGAGGAGAAGGAGGCUGGAGGCGGGGUGUGAUCUCUCUCUCUCUCUUUCCGUCUCUCUCCCCUGAUGGAGGGAUGCAGGCUUCCUCCUCUGUGAAGAAGCUGCAGGAAUAAACGGAAACGCCCAGGAGCAAGAUGACCGAGGGACGUAUGUGUCAGGUUCAGCUUCUGGACAACAGAAAACUGGAGCUGCUGGUUCAGCCCAAGCUGUUGUCCCGUGAGCUUCUGGAUUUAGUCUCGUCUCACUUCAACCUGAAAGAGAAAGAGUACUUCGGCUUCACCUUCGUUGACGACACUGGUCAGUGUAGAUGGCUGCAGUUGGACCGCAGAGUAUUGGAACAUGACUUUUCCAAGAAGACUGGACCCAUCGCUCUCAACUUCCUGGUUAGGUUUUACAUUGAGACCAUUUCCCUGCUGAAGGAGCACACGACUGUGGAGCUGUUCUUCCUCAACGCUAAAACCGGCAUCUAUAAUGGUGACAUUGAGGUGGAGAGUGAACUGGUUUUUAAAUUGGCUGCUCAUGCUCUCCAGGAAGCUAAAGGGGAUUAUACGAGUGACGAGGCCACCAGGGAGGAUUUAAAGAAACUCCCAACUCUGCCAACGAAAGUGCUGAAGGAGCAUCCGUCUCUGGCAUACUGUGAGGAGAGAGUGAUUGAGCAGUAUAAGCUGCUGAAGGGUGUGUCCCGAGGACAGGCCAUAGUACAGUAUUUAACGCUGGUCGAGUCGCUGCCUACAUACGGAGUGCACUACUAUGAAGUGAAGGAUAAACAGGGCAUGCCGUGGUGGCUCGGGAUCAGCUACAAGGGAAUCGGUCAAUAUGACAUUCAGGAUAAAGUCAAACCUCGACGGUUGUUCCAGUGGAAGCAGUUGGAGAAUCUGUACUUUAGAGAGAAGAAGUUUGCAGUGGAGGUGAACGAUCCUCACAGGAGAGCAGUGACCAAGCGGACGUUCGGACAGACGGGUUUAGUGAUCUAUACCUGGUAUGCUAGUCACACUCUGAUCAAAACCAUCUGGGUGAUGGCCAUCAGUCAGCAUCAGUUCUACCUCGAUCGAAAACAGAGCAAGGCGAAAAUGACAGCAGCCAGAAGUUUAGGAGACAUCGCUGUGGACCUGACGGAAAACGGCGCAGCUAAAACGACUAAACUUAACGUAGGAAUUAAAAACCAGCUUAUCAUGGCCAGCAACGGGAGUCUGGUCUCAACUGGUUCUGCAGACUCCGAGAUGAACGAUGAGCAGAAAAAAGAGAAGCUAGCUGAAUUAAGGGUGAAGGAGAAGGAAAUCCAAGACAUACUGAGCCAGAAAAUGGCCGAGCUGAAAGAGAUAUGCCUGAGGGAAGCGGAGCUGACUGGUAAACUUCCUAAAGAGUACCCGAUGAGUGCAGGGGAAAAACCUCCGGGCAUCAGGAGGAGAAUCGGCACUUCUUUUAAACUGGACGAUCUUUUCCCAUAUAAUGAGGAUCCGUACCUGAGGAACCUGGAGAGUCGUUUUGCUCUGCAGAGGAAGAUUGUGGAAGCGGCGAAAAAGCUGGCGUCCGAACCGGAAAUCGGCAAAACGGUGAAGAAGAAGCGCAGGAGGAACUGCCUGGAUGCCAUGCAGAAACUUCAGGAGAUUGAAGAUGAGAUGAACCGCUACCGCGUGAAGAAGGGCAAGAGACCAACGCAGAGGGCCUCGCGCAUCAUCGCUGAAGAACUGGGUCAGUCAGAAUGCAGCUCUCUCUCUGACAGCCUUCCUCUGGACGACAAUGAUGUUAGUCAGAGACGGCGAUCUCGCUCCCUGCAGUGCUCUCCGUUACUCAGUGCUGCUCCUCCGGUCAACCUGGACUACGAUACGCAGAGACGAUCCUCUGAGAGCGACACACACCAUGACACUGCGCUAAGCAGACUGGAGUGUGAUGUUCAGUCUGGUUUGUACUACACCUCUCAUGACACCUCCUCUGCCAGCAGCAGCCCGUAUAAGACCGUCCCUCGGAGGCAGGCGGAGCUCCACAAUGUGGCACAGACCCUCGCUUUGACCCGUAACGCCUAUAGCAGCAGCCAGCUCGGGUCUGAGGGUCCGGCCCAAGCAUUCCGACAUCGAAGUGGAAGCCUGGAGUCUCAGUCUCAUUUCCUUUGUUAUUCCGGUUCUGAGAGAUCCGUUUUUCCAGGUCGCCGCAGCAACAGCACCGAGGUCCUGGACGACUGUUCGUCUUGCGCGAGUGUGUCCAGUGCUGAUUUUGGUCCGCCGUGUCCUUCCACUCCUCCGUACCUCAUCCCGUCAUCCCUCCAUCACCAACACAGCACGGGCAGCAUGCCGAACCUAGUGCCCCACCCCACACAAACUCACGCGCAUAUACACACACACCCUCGCACACCAUACAGCCCUGCUGCAUAUUACGUGCCUGGCUAUGCCACUGCUGACUAUGAGCCCUACACUAAUGCCAGUGCUAGUGGCGCUUAUGUAUACGAGAAUGAACUUGAAGGACACUACAAUGUUAACCCCUCUUACAAUGCGCAUGGGUACCAUGGAAACGAGCGCAGCAAGAAUUACGGGAUGCAGCACAAUCCCUAUGCAACUUUAAGACCUCCUAGGAGCAGGAAUGAACUUUUGGCUAAAAGCAUGCAGAAAGCAUUAGUGGUGGAGCAUCUGAGAGGCUGGUACAACCGCAACACUGCAGGACGGAGGCCAGUCUAUGGCUUUGAAUAUGACCGAGGCUACCAGCAUCAUCUGGGUUAUCAAACACUACCAGCUCCAUUUAGCAGAUCCAGCAGGACCAGCUCUUAUUCAUCAGUGUCCUCUACAACUAGUGGAGGGACAAACUGGCACACUAAUGCAGAUUUGGGGCGUAGUGAGAGUGAAGCAGAUGGAGAAGUGACACCAACGUCCCAAAAAUCCUUUACUGGAGCCUACAGUCCCACUCGCAGCAGGUUUCCUGCUGAAUGCAGUCCGUCCAGGCGUGCUGAUUCUCUCCCACACACUUCAGAAUGCGGUGAAGUCUUCAGUAACGAUACAGACCAUUAGACGAAGCACAACAAGACAGGAGGACCAAAUUACUACAACAGCAGCACAGCACACAAGGAGGUGAAAUUUCUUCACCUGUUUCCAGGAAAAGGGGAUUUUUUUUUAUUGUGCCUUGGAAUGAAAAGUUCAAUAAGAGGGGUUUUAAUCAGAGCGGGAUGUUAUGGAAAAAUGCUGAUAAAUAAAAUAUUAAUGAUGAAAAUUCGGAAGGGUUAAAAUUUUGAAAACUCUCCAUCGAAACCAAGUAUGUUCAGGCAUGUUGGUCCUAACUGACGCUUGUGCUACGUUUCUAACUGAGACUAGAGUAAGCCCCACCUCUGAUUGCCUAAUAACAAUGGUUUCUGAACCCGGGCUGCUGGCAGCCGAACAAAGAGAAGGUGAAUGAAAGAGACAGUAAGUGAAGUUUGUAUUGGGAGCUCUGUGAGAAGUCAAUAUAUAGAUGAUUUAGUAGAACUGCCAGAACUGUGCUCUGUAUAGCAGAAGGGAGCAGAAAAAGGCUUUCAGAAUGGCCGACAACAUGACGAGCAAGAUCGUUGCAACAAAACACAAAUUGGGAGGGAGAAUUUUUGAGUUUUGAGGAUUUUCGUCCACUUUGUUUAGUUUUUCUCUUCUCUCUGGAGGCUCAACAAUCUAUUUGCAUUAAGCACUAAAUGCUAGCGCUGGGUUAACUAUCAUCAAACACCCAAGCGUUAGAGCGUCCAGAAGAUAGUGUACAGUGUGAGAAUAGACUGCGUAAAGCUCAAUUUCAGAAGGAAGCUGUAAACAAUUUUUUUUUUUUUUUUUUACAAAAUAAUAUCAAAACAAAGAAAGAUUAAUGUACUGAUUAUCCAAUCUUGUGAAAACAGCAAAACAGAAAAAUUGUCUAAACACUGAUUUACAAUCCAGCAUUUGAUUUGUCUUAAUUAUCUUAAUUGUUUACAUGUCAAAAUAAACACAUUCUAAAUUUUAACGUCACUUUUAUGGGUUAAGGAAUUGCCUCGCAAAAGCUCCUCAGGAGACACGGGUCUACUCAGGCAGACUCUUUCCCAGGGAUAGCUUGGUGAUUAGUCACAGUAUAACAAUUAUUGGUGGAGAGAUUUUGUGUGGGGUUUUUUUUGGUGAAAAUAAUGAAAUCUAGCCAUAUUCAAUCAAGCUGCCUUUUUACACUCUGUGUUUUAGUCCUAUAGCACUGUUUUUUUUUUUUUCGUUUUAGAUGAAAGAAUGUUAAUAUGUCAGGAGAAUUAGUAAUGUUCUCUGACACUCAGUAUAAAAGCAAACUCAUGUCUGGAAGAAAAAAGAAAUAAAAAAGAAAUGAGAUAAUGAAAAUGGUCCAACCAUCUGAGCGCACAACCGAAUAUCAUCAUGAACAAUGUAAAAUAAUGUAAUAUAGUUACUUCGUAGUACUCAAGCUAGAAAAAUGUAAAAAAAAAUUUUAAAAUGUAAAAAAAAAAUCUGAUUUGUUUCUGAUACAAAGCAGUGCUUUGGUUGUGCACUCAGACCUUUAGACCCUAAAUAAAUAAAUAAAUAAA